AUGUCUCAGCCAUAUCAGCCACAUAUUGGAGACCUGAACAAGUCCCUGUUGAUAAAUCGGCGCUUGCUCAAGCAUGCUCACAACUCUCAAGAGCAGUCCAAAGAACGCACUCCUAGUGCUCCGCCACCUCCUCCUCACCCGAGAUUGCAGUUGGUCGAAUCAAUACUGUUUGCCUAUGAUACGGACGAGACCCUUUUCGAAUUCGGCCCCUCCCACCGCGAUCACAACCUCUCCAACAACUCCUUGACUUUCGGCAUCGUCGACGUUCUGUCCAACGCCUUCCCCUCUCCCACUUCCCGCAUGCUCUUUCACCACUAUUGCAAUAUCGCCUCGCGAAUUCUUGUCACCAUGGGAAAUAUUGGGCCAAAUCCCCUGCUCGCGUUCUGCACGCCAGGCCGACUACUGGAUACGAACUCGGCAGCGAGUGCGGCGGUGCGGAUGAGCAUGCUUAGUACGGGAGUAGCGCACUUUACGCACGAGACUUCUGAUGCAGUUGGGCGAGCGGAGCUGGGCGUUGGAUGGGAAGGACAGCGCAAAAAGUUGAAAGAAUUGGGCAAAAAGUUCAAGAGAGCGGCGCUGGCAAACAUAACUCUCGCUGCGAAAGCGGAGACUGGAGAUGAACAAUCGUGCACUUUGGUUUGCAUCCGAGAUGUAAUCAGUGCAGACUCAUCAUGGCGAGACAAUCUGGAGUUUGCUCUCAGCCUGAUCAGCAAGAAAGGGGGAGCUCAGGCAAUGCUUCAGGGUCCUGGAUAUUCCUUCACCCGGCGCUACCUUUUGGAGAACCUUGCAACCCACGAUGUCUUUUCAUCUUUCGUGACUGGAAAGGAGCCAUCUCUGUUGGGCAACUCUGAUUCAUGGUGGUUCGACAGCGUAGAAACUUCUCAGACACGCUGGGAAUGGGAAUCGGUCGAACGGUCGUUCGGUAUCUCCAGAGCCAUGGUUGAUCUCAUGGCAAGAAUUGUCUCUGUCGACUCUCAAAAACGACGGUUGGGCGUCUCACUCUCGCACCAAACGCGAGAGAUGUGGGAGGUGACACAGCACUUUGAGAGCGAAGCGCACUGUCUUCUGUUGGAGCUUGAUAUCUGGGGAAACAGUCUCAACGCUUUGCCGCAGAAUGCCAGAGUCACUUGUGGAGACUACAUUUACAAGUAUGCUGGUGUAGUCUUUUUGUUGGCCGAUGUUUUGGAGCAACCACAUACCACUCCACGGAUAGUCAACUCGAUCAAUCACAUAUUGGAGCUGCUAUCGGAAGCUUCUGCCAUGAGGAUGGCUGUCAUGCUAGUCUGGCCUUUACUCAUCGCUGGCGUCUUUUGUGAGGAGGACGUCCGGCAAAAAGUUCGUGAACUUUUCGAUGCGUUUCAGUCGGACUACUGCGAAGACCUGGAAGUAGCUCGUGAGUUACUGGAGGAGCAGUGGAGGUGUAUUGAUGCAGGGAAAGGCAAGCAGCGUUGGAGCACGAUUAUGGAGAAGCUGGGUCGCUACGUGUUGCUAAUUUAG